UAGGUCUUUCUUUUUAUUUUUCCUUUGUAGAAACUGCCAAAACCUGAAGCAGCUUCUUCUUCUUUUUGAGAGAUAGAGCUGAAAAAUUAAGACACAGCCGAAAUUUUGAAUUCAAAGAUACUGGUGAUGAUCUUCUCUGCCUUUAAAUUUACUACGGCUUUCUUCAUUCUUCAGGUGUGAAACACUCCAAAAAACAGAGAGGCCAUUCAUUUUGUGAAACUGUCAUACGUUUAUUUUUAUUUAAUUUAUUCUUUUUACCAUAAAAAGAUCUGUCGAGAAAAAUGGCAACCUCCAAACAGGGUGAAGGAGGGAUGAAUAAUCAAAGUAGGAACGAAUCAAUUGAAAGAGAUGAAGAAGAUAAGGGAAAUCAAUCUCCAUUGAGCUUUAAAAGCUUACUCUGGCAUGGUGGCUCUGUUUAUGAUGCUUGGUUUAGUUGUGCAUCAAAUCAGGUAGCUCAAGUUUUGUUGACUCUGCCAUACUCAUUUUCUCAACUGGGUAUGCUCUCAGGGAUCAUAUUUCAAGUGUUUUAUGGGAUUAUUGGGAGCUGGACUGCAUAUUUGAUCAGUAUUCUUUACGUCGAGUAUCGAAGUCGAAAGGAAAAGGAGAAUGUCAGUUUCAAGAACCAUGUGAUUCAGUGGUUUGAAGUGCUGGAUGGGUUGUUGGGUCCAUAUUGGAAGGCUGUUGGAUUGGCUUUCAACUGUACUUUCCUCCUCUUUGGAUCUGUUAUUCAGCUAAUUGCUUGUGCAAGCAAUAUAUAUUACAUAAAUGACAAAUUAGACAAAAGGACAUGGACUUAUAUAUUUGGAGCAUGCUGUGCUACAACUGUGUUUAUACCAUCUUUUCACAACUAUAGAAUAUGGUCUUUUCUUGGCCUUGGAAUGACCACUUACACUGCUUGGUACUUGACCAUUGCUUCUCUUCUUCAUGGCCAGGUUGAGGGGGUGCAACAUUCUGGGCCAACCAAAAUGGUGCUGUACUUCACUGGGGCAACCAACAUACUUUAUACUUUUGGUGGCCAUGCUGUCACUGUGGAAAUAAUGGACGCUAUGUGGAAGCCACGAAAAUUCAAAUUCAUUUAUCUGAUCGCUACUCUCUACGUCUUCACUUUAACCAUCCCCUCCGCCACCGCCGUCUACUGGGCUUUUGGCGACCAACUCCUCACCCACUCCAACGCUUUCUCUCUUCUUCCCCCCAACGGAUGGCGCACCACGGCCGUCGUUUUGAUGCUUAUUCACCAGUUCAUAACAUUUGGGUUUGCUUGUACGCCCUUGUAUUUCGUGUGGGAGAAGGUGAUCGGCAUGCAUGAAACAAAGAGCAUGUGUCUUAGAGCGCUUGCCCGAUUACCUGUUGUGAUACCCAUUUGGUUUUUGGCCAUUAUUUUCCCCUUUUUUGGACCCAUUAACUCUGCGGUGGGGGCUCUCCUGGUUAGCUUCACCGUCUACAUCAUCCCUUCCUUAGCCCAUAUGCUCACUUUCAGAUCUGCCUCUGCCCGACAGAAUGCUGUUGAGAAGCUUCCGAUUUUCCUACCUAGCUGGGCAGCCAUGUAUGUGGUGAACAGUUUUAUAGUGAUCUGGGUCCUGGUCAUUGGGUUUGGAUUUGGAGGGUGGGCUAGCAUGACCAAUUUCAUCAAGCAAGUUGACACUUUUGGGCUUUUUGCAAAGUGCUACCAGUGUCCACCUCAGGGCCCAGCAAUUCCCCAUCAUUGAAUUUUCUCCAUUUACCAUACAAUGCAUACACAUAGAGCAUCAAACUUCCCUUCCUCCAUCACCCUUCAGAUAUGGAUAUUAAUCAGUCAAAUCUUGACGAUCAGUCUCUUUAUAUUUCUCAAUAUGAUGUUUGUUUGUUUCAUUGUUAUUAUCAUUAUUAAUUUUUAAUGCAAAUAUGUGACAUUGGAUAGAGUCUAUUCUUAGAUGCAUAUAAACCAUCUUCUCCCACUCUUCCACUUGUUUGUUAUGUACUUUGAGAAACUAAAAGCUAAUGGUAUUCUCUGACUAAAUUUAGAAAGUAUUUCGAGGAUGCUUCUGUAUUAGGGAACAUAAAUGGAACUGUCCAUUUUGAGCUUUGCA